AUGAAUAAGCCAAUUGAUGAACAUACAACAGGUGUCAAUGAUUUACAUGUUAAUCGUGAUUUAAGAAGAAGACAAUACUUAAGAUAUCGACAACGCGUUUACGAAAAAAGUUUGUAUUCCAUUCCAAAAAAUGUUUUUUUAAAUUCAACAAAUAUAAACAGUACCAUCGAUUCUAUUGGUGAUCCAAAUGAUGAUGAAGAACAAAAUAAUAUUGAUGUUGUACCAGAAGAUUUAUACAAAAAAGAUGAUUAUUACGACAAUAUGAAUGAUGAAAGUACGUUAAAUAGUGAUAUAUUCCCAAGAUUGGAUGUAAAAGAUUUUGAAAGCGAACAUUCAGAUGAAUCUGAUACAGAUGCAAAUGAUGUAUCAAUCGAAAAUCAAAGUACAAAUCAUGAAAAAUUUUUGUACAAAAUGGUAGAUUUUAUUCGACAAUCGAAUUUAAACAAAACAUCAACAUCAUUAUUAUUGUCAUUAUUACGAUUAACAAAUACAUCAACAAUUCGUGAUAUUCCAACAACAACAAAUUCAUUAUGGAAACAACUUGAUGUUUCAUUUACCUAUGAAACAUUCUUUUUUUGCUCUAGUUGCUUUUCACCAUUGAUAAGAUUUGAAGAUAAAUGUGUUGUGUGCAACAACAAUCAAAGAAACAACUCAGAGCUUUAUAUUUUUUCAUUACUACAUGAAUUACAAAGAGUUGUUCGAUCAAAUAUUAAGUUGAUAGAAUGGUAUCAACAACAUGAACAUCAAAUUAAUGCGGACAUCGUGAAUAGUAAGGCGCAGAUUACGCAAAGAACAAUACUACAACUUGUUUCUUUUCAAGGUUGUAUUUAUAAACAACAACAGAAUUUACAUGGACCUUCUUUGACUUUAAUGCUCAGCACAGAUGGAAAGCCAAUUAUUAAAUCGAAACAAACUCAAAGUAGUGUUUGGCCUGUUAUGGCUUUUCUCGUCGAAAUUCCUCCUCCAAUUCGUGAAUAUCUUAAUAAUACUAUUUUACUUGGAUUAUGGCAUGCGCCAGUAUCACCACCCGCUUCGUUAUUACUUCAAAAAAUCGUGGACAAUAUUAAAUUGAUAAAAGCUACUGGCGUUAAUAUACAAAUUGGCAAUAGAAUAAAACAUUUUUCUAUGGAUGUUCAAUUAAUCAGUGGUGACUUACCAGCUCGUUCUAAAUGCAAUCAAUUAACUCAACAUAAUGGUUAUUUUGCCUGUUCCCGGUGUUUGAUGGAAGGUGUUCGUUGCUCAGCACCAUGUGAAAAUCACACGCUUUAUCGUUGGUCUGAUUUUAGUCGAUCACCACCACAACGGCGCACACAAAAACAUAUCGAUGAAUGUGCUAAACAAGCUAAACUCUCAAAGGAACCUUGUUUUGGUGUUAAGGGUAUUUCUCCAUUGUUCUCAUUAUUAUCUGUGCCGAAGCAAUCAACAUUUGAUUACUUUCAUUUAGUGUUGGAAAUACAUCUUCGUGUUUGGUAUGAUAUUAUUAAAUAUGAUCCGAAUGCUUUAACAUGUAUCAAUAAUUAUCUUAAUGAAAUUGAAUACCCACAUUCGUUCAAUCGUUAUCCCAGAGAUCUAGGUCAAUAUGGAAAAUGGAAAGCUUCACAAUUACGAACAUUUAUGGUGUAUGUUACGAUGCCAGUUCUGGUACGAUUACGUCUUGUCAUGCCUCGUGCAUUUCCAGAGAUUUAUAUAUCACACUUUUCUUUACUAUUUAUUUAUAUUCGUGUAUUACGGCACUUCGAUGACCGUGAUGAAGUUUUACAAGUGCCCGUAUUCAUAGAUGCAUAUCUGCGUUUAUUUUCUUCUCUAUAUGAUAAAUGUAAAGAAAUAUAUUCAGUUCAUGCAUUAUGUCAUCUAUGGCAGCAAGUAUUGGAUCAUGGUGGAUUGGCAUAUCACAGUUUAUUCGCUUCGGAAAGUUGCUUACAGCAUUUUGCAAAACUAGCUCAUGGUUCUAUUGCUCUCGGCGAACAAAUAUCGUUUUGGUGGUCUGUAUUUAGUCAAAUUCAAUCAAAACAAGUGCAAUAUGGUCCAACAUUAUUUACUAAUGAAUAUCUUAUUGAUGAUACAUUUUUCGAUUUUAACAUGAUGCAAAAUUAUCAACAAGAGUUCUAUUUGAUGGCACGUUACAAUAGUUCUGUUACACCCGGUCGAGCUCGAAAAUUACCAGCUGGUGCUUCAAAUAUUAAAGCGCCGUUUAUCGACGAUAUGGAUGAGUGCUCAGCUGAUGAAAAUGAAAUUGAUAACAACUAUCCAAUUAUUCGAGAUGUAUCAUUUUAUAGUCAACAGCAAUGUGAAUCUUCUGUUCGACGUCCAUAUCAUAAUAAGAACACUGGCGCUUAUUAUACACCUCAAGUCAAACGAAAACGUUUACAAGAAGAAGUUGACGAUGUACCACAAGGUUCAUUAAUGGAAAGUUUCAAAAUCAUUCAAAAUAUGUUCAAAGAUCUUAAUCGAAAAGUUGAUAUAUUAACAGAACGAGGAAGUACAUUUGAAAAAAAAUUGGACAAUGUUGAUAAGCAACUUCAAGCUAGUUCUAGACGUAUUCAUAAGAAUCCAACAACAAGUGAACCAUCUGCUAAUCUUCCAGUCGUCAAUUACAUUGGACGAAAUAUAUUAUCUGGUAUUAUAAUUGAAACUCCUGCUGGUCUUAUGAAAACAUUAAUUAAUCAACUGUUCACCAACGAAGAAAUAAUUAACCGACAACACGAACAAAUCAAUGAACGAACAAUGAAAAUAAAACAAGCAUUUUGGAGUAAUCAAGGUAAAAUUGUUCGUGGUAAUCAAAGACGAGGACGUUCAUUUCGAGAAAAUAAAUCAGUAUUAACUUCUAUCAAAACAAAUCCAACUACGAAUAAUGAAAAUGCUAAACCAACUACAAAUAAUGAAGAUGAAGAACAACAAGCAUUACCAACAGUGAACAAUAAAUGA